CCUAAAUUUUCAAAAUGUCUACUUGAAUCCUCAAACAGAGAAGCCAUUUCAUUUCCCAUUCUUCUCUCCCUACCUUUGCCAAUCCUUGUUUUCAAAUACACCUACUCUCAUUGCAUCCAUACCGUUCAUCACUCCAACCCAAUCAAACCACCAAAACCCAAUUCCACCAAAUGAUCAAAGCUUUCAAGAAACUGAAGAUCUGGCAUAGGAAGAAGAAGAAGAAGAAGUACUACAGUCUUCCCCAACCACCACCAACUCCCCAUUGCUGUUCUUGCUCGGCCAAGCUGCAGCCCACCGCCCCACCCCUACCGCCAUGGAUCGAGAUCGAUCAGCCCCAAGAAGCCGAUUCACCGUUCGUUCCGAUAUAUGGGUCAUUUCCAUCUCAACAGCAAGCUCUGUUUCAACCAUCAGAUGCGAUGGUUGGGUCAUUUCCAUCUGACCAGCAAGCUCUAUUUCAACCGUCGGAUGCGAUCGCAUCGGAAAUCUAUGCUCCACCUGUUCAACCGGUUACCCCUUCUUAUCAGCAGUACUUGGCCCCGCGGCCUGUGUACGGCGUGCCGGUCAUGCCGGUCGCUUCAACCGAAAAGUCCGCGGGACUUUUCGGAUGUGUCGUUAGUAUCGGUACUUUCCUGAUUCGGUGUUUGUGUCCAUGUUUUCGGUUUCGGAAUAUGAACUAAUAAUGUGGGCAUGUUUGGAUACGCAAUUGAAUUGAAUUACAAUCACAUUCAAUUGAUUACAAUUGCAAUUUGAAUUACAAGUCCAACUUGAUUGCAAUUUGGAGUCUGGAGUUUGGUCCCUUUCGCAAAGGUAAUUACAAUUUGGUUAUUUCUCUGCUCGAUUGAACUAGUUAUUGUGAUUUGAUUCAAUAGUGCAUCCAAACACAGCCUACAUUGUAGAUGGUUUGCUUAGUUGAAGUUGAAUUAAUGAGAAUUUGGAUUGUUAGUAUAUGUAGAUGGUUUGCUUCCAUUCAUUUAA